GUUGAGUUUAGAGGAAUGGUUUCGAGCAUUCGAUUAUGGGUGUUGAUCAUAGUUUGCAGUCAGAUUCUGGUCAUUUUCGCAAGAACAGAUCCAAAUGAUCUUGGUGUGCUAAAUGCAAUCAAGUCUAGCUGGCAGAAUCUACCACCAAAUUGGAGGGGUUCAGAUCCCUGUAGAAGCAGAUGGGAAGGAGUUAACUGUACCAACUCUCGUGUAACUACCCUAGAUCUGGCAGGUAUUGGAGUGACAACCAAUGACAUUGGAGACAUUCCAUCUCUUUCCAUGUUGAUAUAUUUAGAUCUUUCCAACAACAGAGGGAUUAAAGCUGUUCUUCCACAAUCUAUACAGAAAUUGCAGAAUUUAACGACAUUAAUCCUGGUCGGCUGCAGUUUUAGGGGUCCAAUUCCCGAUUCAAUAGGAUCCCUCAAGAAGCUGGUCUAUUUGGGACUCAAUAAUAAUAGCUUCAUUGGACCUAUCCCACCAUCCAUUGGUAAUUUAACUAAUCUAUCAUGGUUAGAUCUAAGCGAUAAUCAGCUUACAGGAUCCAUCCCUGUGUCUAAUGGAACAGUCUUAGGCCUUGACAUGCUUCUGAAAGCAAGACACUUUCAUUUGGCAAAUAAUCGGUUAUCUGGUCCCAUUCAAUCUCGCCUUUUCAGUGCAAAUAUGAGCCUAAUACAUGUUAUUGUUAACAACAAUCAAUUAAAUGGAACAAUUCCUCCCUCAAUUGGACUUGUGCGGACUCUUGAAACCAUACGCCUGGACUCGAAUUUCUUGACUGGGACAGUGCCUCAGAACAUAACGAACCUCAAAUCUGUCAGUGAGCUACACUUGUCAAACAACUUCCUGACGGGACCUGUCCCAAAUCUUGAUGGAAUGAACUCCCUCACUUACGUGGACAUGAGCAAUAAUAGUUUCAAUACAUCAGAUGUUCCUACUUGGUUUACAAUUCCAUCGUUAACAACAUUGGUGAUGGACAAAACACAGAUUUCAGGAGUACUCCCAUCAGAUGUCUUCCAACCUCAGUUGGAGCGAUUGGAGCUAAGCAACAAUAGUCUUAAUGGAACCCUGGAUGUCGGGGACAGCUAUAGAAGUGACUUGAUUGUUGAUCUGACAUACAAUUCCAUUGCUGACUUCACCCAAAAGUCUGGAUAUAAUUUGAGUUUAAAUCUUUCCAAUAAUCCAGUUUGUGAAGGUGGGGCAACGGGAAGAUUUUGUGCAUCAGGAGAUCCCAAUACACCAAUUGGUUUACCAUCAAAUAAUUGUGCAUCUGUGCAUUGUGGCUCGAAUAGAAUGCUUAGUGCAAACUGUAAAUGCACAAAUCCAUACACAGGAAACAUAUAUUUUUUCUCACAUUCCUUCUCAAAUUUGGAUAAUGCGACCUACUAUACAACUCUCCUUCAAACUUUGACCAAUGCCUUCCAACUCAAUCAACUUCCCGUGGAAUCAGUUUCUUUUUCUAGUGCAACUAUUGAUGAAUUUAAAUACCUUAAGUAUAGAUUGCACAUCUUUCCCUCUGAUGAAGAUUAUUUUAAUCGUUCAUCGGUCUCAUCAAUUGGCACCAUCAUCAACCGCCAACUCUUUAAUCUCUCGUAUUAUGGACCAAUGUUCUUUCUUGAUGAAAAUUACUGUUGUUUUCCAGAAAACAAGUCAUCGAAUACUGGGAUCAUCAUUGGCGCUACAAUUGGUGGUUUUGUGAUUGCUUUGUUGUUAGCCUUGGCUAUAACUUAUGCUCUCUAUCAGAAAAGACAAGCGACAAAAGCAAAGCAAAAUAGUCCUUUCGCAUCUUGGGGGAUGGACAAUGGAAGUGAUGCUGGUGGUGUUCCUCAACUUAAAGGAGCAAAAUGGUGUUCAUUUGAAGAACUUAAACAAUGCACCAACAAUUUUUCAGAAGAAAACAUGAUUGGAUCUGGGGGAUAUGGAAAGGUAUAUAAAGGCACUCUCAAUACUGGUCAAGUAGUCGCUAUCAAACGAGCUCAACAAGGAUCAUUGCAGGGUGCCCAAGAAUUUAAAACUGAAAUUGAGCUUCUUUCGAGGAUUCAUCAUAAAAACGUUGUAGCCCUAGUUGGUUUCUGUUACGAGCAAGGUGAACAAAUGUUGGUCUAUGAGUACAUGCCAAAUGGUACUCUAAAGGAUAAUCUAGGGAAGGAGGGUAUCAGGUUGAACUGGAUGCGGAGGCUUAGGCUAGCUCUUGAUUCUGCCAAGGGCCUGACAUACUUGCAUGAGCUUGCUAACCCUCCCAUCAUACAUAGGGAUAUAAAAUCAAAUAACAUUCUGCUGGAUGAUCAUUUGAAUGCUAAAGUUGCUGAUUUUGGUUUGUCGAAACUAUUGGGAGAUGAUGGAAAGGGCUACGUUUCUACUCAAGUGAAGGGAACAUUGGGUUAUAUGGAUCCUGAAUAUUACAUGACCCAACAAUUGACGGAGAAGAGUGACGUUUACAGCUUUGGAGUUGUACUUUUAGAGUUAUUAACUGCAAGAUCACCAAUACAAAAAGGUAAAUAUAUCGUGAGAGAGUUUAGUGAGGUGUUUGACCAGUCAAGAGACCCAAAUGGCCUAUACAACAUUCUUGAUCCAUCUCUUGGUUCACCCGAAACACUUGGAGGUUUAACCAAGUUUGUGAACCUGGCAAUGAACUGUGUCAAAGAUUCAGGAGUUCAGCGGCCCAACAUGGGAGAGGUAGUGAGAGAGAUCGAGCGCAUUAUAGAUUUGGCGGCUUUAAGCAUGGAUUCAGAAUCGUCAUUAGUUUUUUCAAGUCAACGCACAGGAAAAGGGGAUCUUUAUCAUCUGUAUAAUGAUUCUGUUUCUGAUGUAAGCAGUUUGUCAGUACCAUUCGAAACUGAAAUGCGCAGGUAAAAUUGGGUGCAUAUGAUCAAAUGAAAAAAUGUAACUAGCUGUGGAUUGUGGGUGGUAUAUAUGUAUAAACUGUUAAAACCAAAACUGUUGGAAUGUAAAUUUAGAAAAAGAUCCGAAUUAUAUGAACUUUACUGUAUGUUGUUUUUAUGCAA